CGGUUGGUGGGCAGCACCAAUUGUUGUUGUCCUCUUUUGCGUACAAUUUAAGAGACCAACACAUCGUUUACAUCUCUUCUUUACCAGGAGCAGAAGUAAAAUAAUAGAGUACCCAAAAAAGAGUAAAAUAAUCAAAAACUCUAAAGCAUUCAACUGUUGGAGCAACAUCCCUUGGCUAAAGUAAAUUUGUUCCUAUUAAAGGCAGCGUUGACAUAAACACGAACAGAGUCUUCCUUCCAGCGGUUGCAGAUUAGGCAAAACCCUAAUCGACAUGGGAGAUAAUCGUCAGUCUUUUGUUCAUCAUGCUCUUGGUGGCGGCCCAGUGGCGGAUAUGCUGUUGUGGAGGAGAUGGUGUGCUAGUGUUACUCUUCUUGUUAGUUCCACUGCACUUUGGAUUCUGUUUGAGAAAGCUGGCUAUAAUGUCCUUUCCUUUAUUGCCAAUGUUAUGUUGCUUCUAGUUGUUAUUCUCUUCUUCUGGGCUAAAUCUGCCUCACUUCUUAACAGGCCUUUACCUCCGAUCCCUGAUUUGGAGGUUCACGAGGAAUCUGUGGUGAAGGCUGCUGACUCGAUGCGUGUUUGGAUCAAUCAUGUCCUGAUGAUUGCCCAUGAUAUUGCUAUUGGUGGGAAUUUAAAACUUUUUGUUAAGGUUGCUCUUGGAUUGUGGCUGAUAUCUUAUGUUGGUAGUUUUUUCAACUUGCUCACUUUCAUCUACAUGGGAGUUCUUUUUAGCUUGUCUGUGCCUCUGUUGUAUGACAAGUACCAAGAUCAAAUUGAUGACAAGCUUAUUAUAGCACAAAAGGUCAUUCAGACACAGUACAGGAAAAUUGACGAGAAUGUACUGAGAAAGAUUUCAAGGUCUUCAAAUAAGGAAAAGAAGACUCAGUAAAAUGUUGACCUAGGACUGCACCAUCCAACAUCGAUGGGAUGAGAUUUAAUUGCCUUGUAACACAUCGGUUUUAAGAAGAUUGAACUUACUAGUUAUUUGUUAUUUUUUGUGAAUGGUUCUCGAUGAUCUUGGUUAGUGGAAGUGCCUGUGGCAGAUGAAGUAAUGGUUUACAUGAUUGGAAUUGAAAUAGUGGCAUGGUCAUUUGAUUGGUAAUCCACAAGCAUUUCAAUGGUGCUAGUGCAUACUCUGGAAGUUCUCUUUUACUAUGAUUUAGAAUAUAUCUGAUGCUUGUUGCCUAGUAUUUGUACUCUAAUCUAGUAUACUUUGAGCACCUUAGUAACUGCAGUUCAGCUUUUUCCUUUUUCUGUUUUUUGGUUGUGUAGUUGAUGGCCAGCUCUUUCACGCGAAUUUCUUUUAGGUAACAUUGGAAAAAGGUUCCCUUUGGCUGGGGUGGUGUUGGGGAAACUGCUCUGUAAUGAUGUGAAUGUUGUGGGGGUGUUAUAGUUUAAUCAAUUUGUAGGAUUUUGUCCUUC